GAAGCGUGCACAUUCGCCGUGUCGAGUCCAACUUUCUGACAGUGUGAUACUAUAAAUAGCCAUGGCACGUGCAAUUCUCUACAAAUCUAUCAACUAUUACAGCCGUAAAAAAAUUAUUGUUGACGAUUUUGAAUAGCAGUAAAAUUAAGCUUCUUGGUUAUUACAGCAGAUUUAGAAAUUACGUUUGUUUCAUUUUUUAAAUCGCUUUAUCAUUAACUGUACCGUUAAGAGCGGCAUCUUUUGGUUUAGUACAAAUAAUAUCUCUGAAGCACUCAGGUUAGACAGGAACAUGAUACUAGCAGUAGUUUCAUUUUACUUUUACAAGCUUCUUAAAACAAUUGUUUAGCUAGCUAACGUGCUCAUUUCUAAAUUCAAUUUCUUGUUCUAGCUUUCUGUUAUGUUUCGUAAAAAAGUAGUCUUGAUUAUCCCGACCUGUCAAUCAGCCCUAGAAUGGUCGAUAGACUGGUUAAGCGAGACUAAUUUCAAAACAAGGGCAUGUAACCUAUCUUUUACUCAAGAGUGUCUGGAUGUUAUGGACGACACAUGGAACCAGUUUUCAGUCUAUUAUUUAUAGAUGAUUAAUGGUCAUAGCUUAUUAAGUACAACAUGAUCGUUUAUUUAAUGACUAUAAUUGUGUGAAACUGAUUUGAGGCUUGGCAUAUAUAUAAAUAUUGUGGCGAAAUUGUCGAGAUAUAUGGAGAUAUUUAUUUAUGGUGGGUCACCCUACCUCAGGGGAUACUAUAUUACAUAAGAAGUCAGUGUAUGAACCCACCAGGCAUCAGAGAUGUCAGCAGCUCAUCUGUAGUAGGACCUGGGCAAUAGUUAUUCUUAUACUUCUUGGUAUGUUGCUGGUUAUCAUUGCAUCCAUUGCUGCAUUCGCUCGACCAGAGUGUAAGGCAUGUGCAUCAGCUGAUCACUGUGACAUCAAACCCAUUUCGACCGUCGCACCAGAACCAGAAUUCAUAGCAACCAACGGAAAGGAAUUUCCAUGGAAAAAUAUACGUCUCCCCGAAUCCAUCCUGCCAAUAAGUUAUGAUGUCUUCAUGCAUCCAAAUAUCUCCACUUCAGUCUUCAAAGGAAGAGUAAAAAUCAUGCUGGAUAUUCAACAUGAAACUGAUUUUAUUGUGUUUCACAUCAAGGAUUUGAAUAUAACAGAUUACAGUAUUACAGCAUCUGGAAGUAAUGUUAUUGCUCGGGAAUUUAUGGAAUAUAAGAAGAACAAACAGUUUUAUAUUUUAUUGGAAAGGUCACUGAAAACAUCUGAAAAUGUACAACUAGAGGUUAAGUUUGCAGGUCAACUAAUCAGUAAAUUAGAAGGCUUUUAUAAAAGUACUUAUAAAACUAAAGAUGGAGAAGAAAGGCAUAUUGCGACCACACAUUUUGAACCGACUGCUGCAAGAGCUGCCUUCCCUUGUUUUGAUGAACCACAGAUGAAAGCUACAUUUAGAAUGUCUAUAGUACGAGACAAGCAGCAUGUCGCUUUAUUUAACAUGCCAUUAUUAUCUACCAAACCAGCUACGGAUAAUAAUCUAGUUAUUGAUGAGUUUCAACUCAGUAAGAGAAUGAGUACAUAUCUUGUUGCUUUUGUGGUUUCUGAUUUUGAUCAUAUCAGUGACACCACCAAAAAUAAUGUUACGGUUAGUGUAUAUGCUCCUAAAGAUAUGAUAAAUCAAGCAGAGUUUGCUCUAAAUUCAGCUAUUAAAAUACUGGAAUAUUAUGAUGAGUUCUUUGGUGUACCAUAUCCUCUUCCCAAACAAGAUUUAAUAGCUAUACCAGAUUUUGCAGCAGGAGCUAUGGAGAACUGGGGUUUAAUAACAUAUCGUUUAACAGCUUUAUUAUAUGAUCCCUCCUCAUCAUCUUUAUCUAAUAAACAAUGGGUAGCUACUGUCGUGGCACAUGAAUUAGCUCAUCAGUGGUUUGGUAAUCUGGUAACUAUGGAAUGGUGGGAUGAUCUCUGGUUAAAUGAAGGAUUUGCAUCUUAUGUAGAAUAUCUUGGUACUGAUGUUGUUUUACCUAAUUUUAGAAUGACUGAUCAGUUUAUUGUCAAUGAUUUUCUGGUAGCUUUAAAUCUGGAUUCACUGAGUACAUCUCAUCCUAUACAGACUAAAGUUUCAAAUCCUGAUCAAAUUAAUGAAAUAUUUGAUAACAUAUCAUAUAAUAAGGGAAGCAGUAUAUUAAAAAUGUUAAGAGAAUGUUUAGGUGAAGAAAACUUUAAGAAAGGUUUAUCAAGUUACUUAACAACGCAUAAAUAUGGAAAUGCUAAAACAAGUGACUUAUGGAAAUCAUUACAACAGGUUAGUGGAAGUAAUAUUAAUGUAAAAGAUGUUAUGGAUACAUGGACAUUACAAAUGGGGUAUCCAUUGGUCACCAUUAAAAGAUCAGAAGAUUCAGUAACCCUUGAACAGGACAGAUUUCUAUUUGAUCCUAAUAGUGAUGAAAAGCCUGAAUUUAUAUCACCUUUCAAUUAUCAAUGGUAUAUACCUUUUACUUAUAUAACUGAUAAAAAUCCAAGUCACAUUCAAACUAUAUGGAUGAAUAAAACAUCAGUAACUAUAGAAUUUGAUAAAAGUAAUCGCUGGAUAAAAGGUAAUGUCAGAUUAAAUGGAUUUUACCGUGUAGAUUAUGGUGAUAUGUGGCAUGAAAUUAUUAAACAACUACAGGAUAAUCAUAAGGCAUUUAAUGUUGUUGAUAGAGUAGGUCUAAUAGAUGAUGCUUUCAUGUUAUCAAGAUGUAACAAACUAGAUGCUAGAACUGCCAUUGAAAUAACCAAAUAUAUGGAAAAUGAAACAGAAUACAUAGUAUGGUCAACUGUUAUAACAGGACAAUUUAGGUUUCUCUUAUCACAGCUUAGAAAUCAGGAGUCAUAUCAAUAUUUACAGAAAUAUGUAGAAAAAUUGAUAUCAAAUCAGAUCAAGGCAGUAGGAUGGAGUGAUGAGGGAACGGUUUUACACAAGUUUCUGAGAACACGUAUUUUAGAUAUAGCCAGACAAAUUGGUCAUAAAGAAACUAUUGAGAAAGGAAAAGAAUUGUUUUUACGCUGGAAGACAGAACCAGAGAGUAUUAAUCAGAAUAUAAAGAGUAUUAUUUUAAGAAUUGGUAUUGAAUUUGGUGAUGAAGAUGAUUGGAAUUUUGUAUGGGAGAAGAGUAAAACUACUUUAAUACCUUCAGAAAAAGAUACCUUAGUUCGAGCCUUGGUAUAUACAAAAGAUGUUCGUAUUAUUAAUAUGUAUUUAAAUAGGGCCUUGAAUGAUACCAAGAUAACAGAUAUAGUUUUGAGGGCAAUGAGUAAAAAUCCUGUUAGUCAGAUUUUUGCCUGGCAGUUUCUCCAAGAACAUUGGCAAGAACUGUUUAAAAGAUAUGGAUCCGGAUCAUUUACUAUGACUGGUAUUGUACAAUCACUAAUUACCACUUUUAAUACACAGUUUUAUCAUGAUCAGGUAAAGAACUUUUUUGACAAUAGAGAUAUGGCUACUGCUAACAGAGCUGUACGACAGAGUUUAGAAAGUAUUACCUCUCGUAUUGAUUGGAUGGAGAAAAAUUCUCAUUUGAUUGGUGAUUGGUUAAAAGAAAAUUAUUUGUAAAAAUCUUUUAAUGUGAGAUAAAUUGUUAUUAUUAAUAUUAUGUGUAUACAUAUGAUUGGCCACAUUUAACAAUAUGUUGAUAAAAAGAAAUAUUAAAUGGUCUUACUCCUACUGUUUGCAGUUCACUUCAACAAACUAAACUAAAUUUUGUCAAAGCAUUAAAUUAUUUAAAAACACAACACAGUUUAUAUGGAAAUACAAUCACUGGUUUAUAAGUAUAGCACGACGU